AUGUUACAAACACGACCGUUGUGUGCUGUAUGUGGCGCAGCAGCAAUAGGACGAAAUUUUGAUGCAAUGACAUGUUUAUCCUGUAAAGCUUUUUUCCGUCGAAAUGCUUACAAUGAACACUUAGUAUUCACUUGUCGAAUAACAAAUUCAUGUGAAAUAACUUCGACAACGCGACGACACUGUUCAGCCUGUCGUCUGAAGAAGUGUUUCGAGCAAGGAAUGAAGAAAGAGCUGAUCCGAAGUUUAAAUGCUAUCAAUCAUGCAACAUCAGCAGCAUUAAAUAUAAGAGCACAACAUCGAUCAACCACGAUGGAUUUAAUACCAACAAAUGAUUCGACAUUACUUUCGUCAGACGAUUGGAAUCUAUUGUCAAAUAUUCAAAAAACCUAUGAACAAUAUUGUUUACAAAAAUUUCUUGAGUCUCAUCAAACGAUUCCACUUAUACCCCCGAUUCAACCAUAUCGAUCGCGUAUUAAACUUCAACGUCUGAUCGAUUUAAGAUAUAAAUAUACCAUCAUCGUUGCUUCGUUUAUCCGACGCAUCUUUCUAUUCGAUGGUUUUCAAGUACUAUCGGACCAUCAUUUUCAGUACGUGAAAGCGAGCUUACAAUGUAUUACAUCAGUGAAUACAAGUGAAUUGAUGAGAUUACACGUCUUGAAAUUCCUACCGUGGGAACAUGAUCAAUUAGUAUUACAAUCCGUCCUUUCUGAAGAAUUUAUUCAGCGUGCAGAGACAAUUCUAUACAAAUUUCAAACCCUCCUACCUCACGAUAUGAUCGUCCUGAAAUCGUGGGUGAUUAUUCUCGCUCUCUCGUCUCGAACAUUACCUUUAUGGAGGAAAGACCACUAUAAUUCUUCGGAUUUCGAUCCAUAUCCGAUGAAAUUACUUCUUAGUCAAAAUUAUUACUUGACACUUCUGUGGAAAUAUGUCAUGUAUCGUUUAGGUCACAACGAUACUAUCAUUUUUCUAGUCAGAUUUAUCCAAAACUUUCUUCGCAGACAAAUCCUUGAGGCCGACUUGUUUGAGAUGAUUCAAAAUCGAGAUGAUCAUGCUCAAUUGACUCCAUUGACGCAAGUGAAUUUGAAAAUCUAG